UAUACAUAAAAUAGUGCAUAUAAUUAACGAAAAAAAGAAAAGAAAAACAGCAAUUUGUUCAUUUUGUGGCUAAUGAUUAAAGUGCAUGUGUAAUGCAAUUGGGGUCCCUGCGACUGCGACCCAUUUAUAACAAUGUGGCUCAUGACCCACAGGGGCCAACUGCGUUGCGACGAUUAAAAGUGGCCGUCAGGCCGAGACGUGGAAAAAACAAAUUAACACCACAGACAGAGAGAUGUGGUGGUGGUGUGUGUUUUAAGUCCAAGUACAAUAUCGAUGUUGACUAUGAGGUGCCCAAGAAGUUACAAUGGUACUAUGCACCUGCCUUUUUCGGGUUUUGGUUCGUCAUUUAUCUGUCGCUGGUCAACACACAGAUCAAUCAUCUACCAAAGCCAUUGACCCACAAAGAUGAGGCGACCCAUCCUCGUGAUUUCAUAGCACAGCGUGCUGAGGACACCCUCAUCGAACUCACUCGCAUAGGGCCACGAGUUGUGGGCAGUGUUAAUAAUGAGGUGACCACCAUUCAGUUCUUCCGUGAUGAAGUGGCCAAGGUCCAGGCCGUGGCCAACGAUCGCUUCGAGAUUGAGUUGGAUGUGCAGCAGGCAACCGGUGCCUACAUGCACUGGACCAUGGUCAAUAUGUACCAAGGUAUACAAAAUGUGGUUGUCAGACUGCGGGAGAAGGGCAACACGAAUGAGAAUUACCUGUUGAUCAAUAGCCACUACGAUUCUGUGCCCGGUAGUCCCGGUGCUGCCGAUGACGGUUCCAUGGUGGCAACCAUGCUGGAGGUGAUGCGUGUCAUUGCCAAAACAGAUGAGUCCAUGGACCAUCCAAUUGUCUUUCUGUUUAAUGGUGCCGAGGAGAAUCCGUUGCAGGCCUCGCAUGCCUUCAUCACACAGCACAAGUGGGCCAAGAACUGCAAAGCUCUAAUCAAUCUGGAUGCAGCGGGCAAUGGCGGUCGCGAGGUCCUGUUUCAGUCGGGGCCCAAUCAUCCGUGGCUAAUGAAGUAUUAUCGGAAGGUGCCGCAUCCAUUUGCCAACACAUUGGGUGAAGAGAUGUUCCAGGCUGGUUUGAUACCAUCCGAUACAGAUUUUCGCAUCUUUCGUGACUAUGGCGGUGUGCCCGGUCUGGACAUGGCCUACAUAUUCAAUGGCUAUGUCUAUCACACCAAAUUCGAUCGAUUAAAUGUCUUUCCACGCGCCUCCUUCCAACACACUGGUGACAAUGUGCUCGCCUUAACCAGAGCUCUGGCUAAUGCUCCCGAACUUGAUGACACUGCGGCUUACGCCGAGGGUCACAAUGUCUUCUAUGACUUUCUGGGCUGGUUCAUGAUUUUCUACACACAAACCACAAGCAUUAUUAUAAACAUGAUUGUCAGUGUGGUAGCGCUCCUGGCAGUUGGCAUCUCUUUGUACUUUAUGUCCGCCAGAUCCGGCUGCAGUUGGAAUGCUGUGUUGGUGCGCUUUGGCAUUAUAUUUGGUAUACAGAUUGUCUCUCUUGCUCUGGCUCUGGGCCUGGCGCUGCUAGUUGCAGUUUUUAUGGAUGGUGUGGAAAGAUCACUGAGUUGGUUCACACAGAUGUGGCUGAUAAUUGGCUUAUAUCUGUUUCCUAUCAUCUUUGGCAUGAGCCUUCUGCCUGCGCUCUAUCUGGAAAAGACUAAAAAGGAUCCACUCAGUCUAGGAUUUCGUAUACAGCUAAUUAUGCACUCCCAUUGCGUUUGCCUAGUAAUUCUGAUGAUUGUUUUGACUGCCGUUGAAAUACGAUCGGCCUAUUUUAUAAUGCUUAGCGUUUUCUUCGACAUUAUAGCGCUAAUUAUAAAUUUGAUUACCAAGUGGCAUCGCAAGGCUUACUGGUUCGCCAUAGCCGUCACAAUCUGUCAGAUACUGCCCUUCACUUACUUUACCUACAUCUGCACGGCGGCACUUAAGACCCUGAUCCCAAUGCAGGGUCGAUCUGGUUCGUCAGCCAAUCCGGAAAUGACCAUAGCACUUUUAAUGUGGUUGUUUUCCCUUAUGUUUGCUGGCUUUAUUGUGCCACUCAUAAUGUUCUUCCGCAAGACAAGAACAAUUGUCCUGUGCUUUCUGGCUGGCACAAUUCUGUUCAUCAUCAUUGCAGUCACACCCGCUGGCUUUCCCUACCAGGCCAAGACAUCAGUGCAACGUUACGCUCUAAUACAUGUACAUCGGGUACUCCACAAUGCAGAUGGCAGCACACGCAUUGAUGAGAGCGGCAUCUAUGUUUAUCCGCAAGAUCGACGUUACAAUAUAGCCGAAGACGAAAUCAAGGCAAUCGGCGAAACACACAAGGUUAGCGAGUUCUGCGAUGAGGAAAUGUUCUGCGGCAUGCCAUUAUAUAAUCACCGUUGGCACAAGGCUCGCGAGUAUAGCCUUUGGAUACCGAUAAGCGAAACGCCAGCAGUACCGUCGGCAUAUCCAAUUUUGACCCUUCAGGAAACCACAGAGCUGGAAGGCACUACGCAGAGAAGAUUCAACUUCUCGCUGACCGGCCCUGAUCAUAUGACCAUUUUUGUGAAUGUAAAAAAUGAUGCGAAGCUGCUGAACUGGUCCUUCAAUGAGACGCUAAUAAGGGAAAAUAAGCCACCUCCACAUUUUGUGUACUUCUCCUAUGGUCUGGAUAAUAGUGCUCUUGAAUUCACAAUCGACGUUGAGAAGACUACUUCAACGUUUGACACACCCACUUUGGAAAUUGGCAUUGGUGGUCAUUGGGUGCAUCAUGAUAUCGCGAGAUCUCAAGGUGUGAGUGCACAUCUUGAUCGCUUUCCUUCUUACACCUAUGUACAGGCCUGGGUAGGAACCUACGAGAGCUGGUAUUUCUAAGGCGGCCAUCGAUAGAAAUCACCUAAAUACUUAUAAUGGAUUUUGAUAUUAAUUUACUAAGAUGUUCUACGAUUAUCGAAUCAAAUAUCAAUUAAUUUUAAUUUUACAUUUAUAGAAUCUGAUAAAUAUAUAUAUACACAUAAACAUAA